AUGGAAGCAUCCUCGUCGUCGAAUGCAGGCGGUGGUGGUGGUGCGAAUAACAUACAUUUAGGACAAACGUCCGAUAUCGCGACGGCGUUUUUAACCGCUUUGGAUACGUCGUUAUCGAAGAAAUGGCGCGAGGAAGACCGGAUGUGGCGGAAACAAGACGUCAGUUACAGAAAAGAGGAACGAGAGUAUCGAAUUGUAGAGCAGUUAUAUCGAGAGCAACAGGUGAACUGGAGGAAAUCGGACGUGAAACAAAGGACGUUGGAAAACGCCAGAUGCGUGUGGAACAGAUACGUGGAAAAGAACAGACGAGACGUCGAGGAGAAAUCGGAACAGUUGAAAUCGAUAUCGAACUUAUCGGCGUUGAUUGCAGGAUUCGCGGUGGUCUCUUUAGUGGAGUUGAAUUUUACGAACGAUUUCGAGAAAAUGCCUUCGCACGUGAGCGAGUGGUUGAUUUGCGCGUACGCGGCGUCGACGGCGCUCGUCGUCGGGUUGAUGUUGAACGCGAUGGUGUUGUGCACGUUUAUUCUGAGUUCGAUUUUAAAGAGAGGAAAAUCGUACGUCUCCGAGGACGAGGAGGCGGAGUUCUUGUUUCGAUGUCGAAGGUUUGCGAACCAUUUUAAACCCGGGGAUUACCCUCCGCAACCGAAAAGGACGUUCGAGAGACACUGGGAAAACAGGUGCGAAUCGAGUUGGAAGAAAGCGUUUUACAUGUUCACGUUGGGAGUCCCGAUUUUCUUGGCGAAUUUAGCGUGUUGCGCGUGGUUGAAGUUUUCGUACUCGAAAGUGACAAACGGUGUCGUCAGUGGGAUCGUCUUUCUGAGCGCGUGCGUGUGGGCGAAAACGAACAAAGAUUGGGGUUGGGAAAUCGCUCGAGGAAGCGACUCGGCGCGAACGAGUAUCAACGGGGGUAUUAGGAAGAAUCUGAAACGAGGCGCAGACGUUGGCGGGAAAAUCAACGGUUUGCCGUUCGAUUGGCACGCGCGACCGAAAGAAGAAGACGACGAGGAGGAGGACGAGGAGGAAGAAGAGGAGGAAGAAGAAAUAGAAGAACACGACGACAAAGACGAAAAAUCCGACGACGACGACGUAAACGACGUUUACGACGAGAAAGACCAGAGAGUGUUCGUCCCGAUUCACCCCGACGAAAAGGAGUGA